GCAGCUCGGCUCAGGCAGCAGACGGCGGCCCGAGCCUCCGGUCCCAUCUACCGUUAUCUCCCACCCCCCUUCAUUUACAUUCUUACUCUUCCUGUUCGGCUCACUCCUUUCCUUUCCGUAGCCGGCUCGGAGAAAUGUCCGCCAGACCAGGAUUCUACCAGCAGGAGCUGAACAAGACUGUGUGGGAGGUUCCGGAGCGGUACCAGAACCUGACGCCUGUGGGCUCCGGAGCCUACGGCUCGGUGUGCUCGGCGUAUGACGUCCUCUCGCGGCAGAAGGUUGCGGUGAAGAAGCUGUCCCGGCCUUUUCAGUCCCUGAUCCACAGCCGCCGCUCGUACCGGGAACUCAGGCUGCUCAAGCACAUGAAACACGAGAACGUAAUAGGACUGCUGGACGUCUUCACACCAGCUGCAGCGUUAGAGGACUUCAACGAACUCUACCUGGUGUCUAACCUGAUGGGCGCAGACCUCAACAACAUCGUUAAAUUCCAGAGGUUGUCAGACGAGCAUGUGCAGUUCUUAAUUUACCAGCUUCUACGCGGCCUCAAGUACAUCCAUUCAGCGGGAUUGAUUCACAGAGACCUCAAGCCAAGUAAUGUGGCAGUAAAUGAGGACUGCGAGCUGAGGAUCCUUGACUUCGGAUUGGCCAGACAGACAGACGACGAGAUGACAGGGUAUGUGGCGACUCGCUGGUAUCGAGCGCCGGAGAUCAUGCUGAACUGGAUGCACUACAAUCAGAAUGUUGAUAUUUGGUCCGUGGGAUGCAUUAUGGGAGAGCUGCUGAAGGGAAAAGUCCUUUUUCCUGGCACUGACUAUAUUGACCAGCUGAAGAGAAUCAUGGAGGUGGUUGGGACUCCGACGCCCGACCUGUUAAAGAAGAUCUGCUCUGAACAUGCACAGAAGUACAUCCAAUCUCUGCCCUUCAUGCCCCAGCAGGACCUGGAGAAGAUCUUUAGAGGAGCAAAUCCACUGGCCGUCGAUCUACUGAAGCGUAUGCUGGUACUGGACUGUGAUGGGAGGAUCUCGGCCAGCGAGGCUCUGUCCCACCCUUACUUCUCACAGUACCACGAUCCAGACGACGAACCAGAGGCCCCGCCUUACGACCAAACGCUGGAGAGUAAAGACCGAACUCUAGAAGAAUGGAAAGAGUUGGUAUUUGAAGAGGUGAACUGCGUCAAAGCAUCCGGCAGCAAGACCGGUAGCCUUCAGGUGGAGCAGUAAGCCUCUUUCAGCUCUGCCUCAACCCUUACCCUGCAUAAGGACCAAGUACUCAAUGAUUGGAAGAAGGAAGAAAACUCUGCAUUCCCUCUGCUCAGCGUGACUGUGUUUGAUUGCCUGUCAUGGGUUUAUUUGAGCAGCGGGGCAGGACGGUCUCCACAGGAUCAGAUGCACACAUUGCAACUUACAGGGAGCAUUUUAGAAUCCGAUAGAAGGAGCCUCCCAGUCCACAAAGUUGCUUCCUCUUAUGUUUCCGCUCAGUGAGGGUAAAAUGAGGAACCAUUCAACGCCAGGGAUCGCAGAGGGCGUGAUGAUUCAUACGAGGAAGCAACUUCACGGAACUGAACUGUGUAGAAAGGUAUCGAAGGAAGAAAAAAACAAAAAACGCACACUAGGAUUUCCAAAGCAACGACAUCUGGUCCCUCGUCAUGACAAAUGCCAUAAUCAGUCAGUGCUUUCAUAUAUGGAAUUCAUGUUUAAAGGCUUGCGGCGAUGCCACGUCAUGUCACAAGAGCAGCUUAGCAUUUAGCCUGCAUACUACUGCAUGAUUUUUGUGCAUUUUAUUACUCCAAAAUAUUACUGGUAUUGUAUUAUAUAACCAUUAAGACUGCUUAUUGCAUAUGCCACACUGCUAUAAAAGCAGCCCGAGGGUGAGAGAGAGGCAUUACCAGGACAUGUGACCAACUUUCAAUCUGUUAUAUCUUUAUAUUAAAAGUGCUGUCAAAAAAAUUAUACAAAAGCAAAGAAAAACGAAGGUUCUUCCUCAGAUGAGAGUCAUCCUCUACUGCUUACAGAGUAGUAAACACCAACUGUGCUAUUAAUUACCAAGGUAAUUAAUACAUGCCAAAGCUGGAGCAGCAUGACUGUGUUGAAGGUCUGUGUUUACAGUGCGACCUCGCUUGUCAUAUACAGUUUCAGCGGAUUGCUGAUAUCUGGUCACCUGUUGGCUUUGGCAGCGCCCCAUCAGGUUUCCAUAGUAGUCUUUUACAGCCCCGGUUUGUGUUUACGAUAAAAGGUUUACAGGCAUUUUGUAAGCUGUUAGAAACCAUGGUGGAUAAUAAUACAUCACCCAGCUCCAUGCAAGUAAUGACACGGUCAAACACUCCCAUAAAGCCUCCCAUGUUUCCUCAUUUUCUUUUUUGUUUUCAUGAUGCUUGAGUGUUAAUAAUGAAAACGAUGCAGGGUGUGCACAUUCAUUAGUGACCAUAGUAUAAAAGCACUGAGGAUGUUUCUUUACCUCACUUGUGGGUAUCUCAGUAACAGUGAACUUUGUAGCUUAUUGCAACAUUUGGACGCCCUCACAAUGUAACAUUUGUAUAAACAGCAUGAGCUCAAUCCUUAUUUGUCCAGGUUUUCCAGCUUAACGCUGAAGGUCAGGGAAAAUGUCAAGUGGAAAAUGAGGACAGCGCUGAUGUUAUGAAAUAUAGAAAUGGAAUAAAAAUAUAUGAAAAAAUACAGUGCGUUCAAUGCAUCUAAGGUUAUGAGAACAUUUCAAUAGGAUAUACCUCAAUAUAAGUGGUGGUUUGCUCGCUUGCUUAGUAAAGUGAAGGGUUCAUUGACUGAUGCCAGUUGAAAUGUUGGGAGAUAAACACAGAAUGUAUGUAUUAGGAGCUUAAAUAACUACUGUAUGGAGUAUAAGCUACACAUGGUUCGCAGCAUAUAUGAGAUAAACGGGAUAAGAAGAAACCCUAGCUAACUAGCCUAGCUAGCAUGGUUAGCCAACUAGGUUAAGCUCAAUUGUAUUUUAUAUGUUGUGUGUGUUCUUUCACGCAAGUUAAACUGUGGUUCUAUGGCUUGUCCCACUCAAGUCUAACCAAACCAAUGAGACUAUUUCUGCCUAAAAGAAACAUUAGUACAACUAAAAUAUACAUUUUGCAGAACACAAGAAAGGAAACCCACUCUUAGCUACUUUUUCCCUGUAAUGGUUGUCACUGGAGAGCUACAAGUAGCCUUUUGUGCCAGUCGUCUAUUAACACUGGAUGCAAAAUAUUGAAUUUACAGUCCAAGUGAAUCAAACCUGUCAAUCUCAGUCACGUCAACGUGUUAGAGCUCUGAAUGUUAAAGUGUUAUGUGCUUAUGUGGAUGUUGUAUAUGGGGUGGAUUUGAAUAGCAAACUGCAAAUCGAAUGUGUACCAUAUGUAUGUUACAAGUUAUGUGUGUCUUUUGAAUACAUGGUGGCAUGUGAUUCAACGGUAGCCAUGAGUUUCAAAUCAUUAAACUGAAUGUCAACUGUCAAUUUUAAAUGAUUCAGAUUAUUUUCUCAUUCAUCAUCAACAGGUAACAUGACUUUGGCAAGUCUUCAACAGAAUAAACAACAUCUGUUCUCGUA